CCGGGGAGCUGCUGGGGCGGAGGCAGCCCGUCGCGGAGGGGCUGGGGGGGGAACGGCUCUGCCCGGGCCGAGGAACUCAGCUGGCCGCCGGGGGGGCCGUGGCGCUCCAACAAACCCGCCCCGCCCCCAGCGCCGCUUCACCCUCACCCCCCGCCCGGACACAAGCGCCGCCAGCUUGUUGGAGGAGCAGGGCCCGAUACAGCGCAGGGGGAGGGGCGGAGGCGGGGCCAGGCCGGAGAGGGGCGGGGGAGGGGCUCGGUGCGGCUCGCCCAGCCCAGCCCGGCCGCGGGGAGCGAGGCGAGUGACUGACACGGACCAAAGUUAUCCCGGAAUAAGGGCAGCACGCAUGUGCCGUCACCCCGGAUGUAAACAUGCCGCCCAGGCCCUCAGAAGCCCGCCCCGCCCGGCUAGAGCGGACGGGCUGACCCGUGCUGGGCUGAGCCGAGCCGAGCCGGGCCGGGCCGGGCCGGGCCGGGCCCAAGCGAGCUGGCCGCCCGCCUGGGGGGAAGGGAGGCAGAGCCUCUGCCCGAGGGAAAGGGAAGUGGCAGAGCUUCCGUGAGGCGGGGAAAAGGGGGGCAGAGCCCCCCACCCCCAGGCAGAACCUUCCUGAGGCAGCUGAGGUGGAGAAUUGCCCCAAUGGUUUGGCUCAGCCAGGCCUUCCUGUCACAAAUGACCCCAGCCCCGUGUUAGUGGCCCUCUUCCUCCCCCCCUUCCUCUCCCCUGCCCCUUCCUGGGGGUUUGUUACACCUGGGCUAAGUACGGAAACUCUGUUACCAUCUCCUCACCCCCCCAUCCCUUCAGUUACUCCUGGCCGCGCGCCCCAGGAGUUCCUGCCUUUACUGGGGUGGGGCAGGAAUAAUGGAUUUUCGGGGGAAGAAGUACGAGCGGGGCAGUAAUUGGUCAGACCCUGAAGUGGUGGAGCUCCUGCAGCUUUGGGCUGAUGAGUCAGUUCAGAUGGAGCUGGAGAGCUGCCUAAGAAACCAGCAUGUUUUCAACCGGAUCGCUGAGGUGUUGAGGGAGAAGGGCAUCCACCGGACUGGGGAUCAGUGCCGGGAGAAAAUAAAAAAGAUGAAGCUGGAGUACCGCAGGAUCAAGGACAACAACAAGACCCCAAGGGGUGGCAGGACUUGGAAAUUCUAUGAGGUGAUGGAUCGGGUGCUGACCAGCCGGCCUUCCAUCUCCUACAGUUCCUUGAGUGGCAGUGUGGUGUCUCAGCAGGCACUGCAAGGGAGCAUAGUGGAGAACUACCAUCACCACUUCACGCCCUCAGCUCUACCUUUCGGACACUCUCAGCACCCUGAGCUGAUGGAAAUCAAAUGUGAGGAGGUGGACUCUGAUGAACACUGCUUAACCCCGGAGCCCCCACUAUCUAUGUCUUACCAGCAGGGCUCCCCUGAGGAGCAUGAGAUGGAGAGAGCUUUUUUGGACAGGGCCCAGAAUGACUCUCCUAUCUCCAGGGUGGAAAUUCCCAUUGAAACCAGUGUUUCACCUUCAGGUUUCAGUGAGCCCAACGUGGCAUCCUCAUCCCGGAUGCAGAAUGUGGGCCCUCGGCCUGGCUUCUCCACCUUGCACCGCCUUCGGAAGAAACGGAAAGGCCAGCGAGUGAAGGAUCCCCUUGAUGACCUUCUACUAAAGACCCUGACAUCACAGAGGGCCAUGGAGGAGCGCUUUCUGCAGAUGGAGGAGCGGCGGUUACAGCGGGAUAUGGAAGUGGAGGAACGGCGGAUGCAGCUAGAGCAGCGACGUUUUGAACUGGAGCGGGAGCAUGAGUUCCGCAUGUUCAAUGUCUUUGCUCAGAUGCUUAGCAUCUUAAAGCAGAGCAACAGCGGCUCCUCCUCUUCUGUUGCACUGCCCCGGGGCUUGGAUUUCAUCCAGGUGCUGUCUGACAUCGCUGGGAUGGGAGGAGGAGGGGGCCUGCAGGAGGCGAGGGCCAUGCAUGUAGGGCGACCACAUUCUGAGAGAAGGACUGACAUGUACAAUUUCUGUAACCCUGGCGAGUUCCAGAGCAGCCCCUUCCUCUCAGCUCGAGGAAACAUUGCCAAUCUCUUUCGUGGCUCGACAGAAGAGGGAUACAAGGCCUAUCAUGCUGACAAGUACGAUGAAGACAAAAACCCCAAUGGAAUAAUUAAUUUUGGUACCAGUGAGAAUAAACUCUGCUUUGAUUUAAUGUCCAAGCGGCUGACGCAGAGUGACAUGAACCUCAUGGAGCCUCCACUGCUGCAAUAUCCUGAUUGGAAAGGACACAUGUUUUUACGGGAGGAAGUGGCUCGAUUUUUGACCUAUUAUUGCAAGGCCCCUGCACCUCUCAAGGCAGAAAAUGUGAUUGUGUUGAAUGGUUGUGGCUCUCUGUUUUCUGCAUUAGCUACAGUUCUCUGUGAUCCAGGGGAAGCUGUUCUGAUUGCCACCCCUUUUUAUGGUGGUAUCACCCAGAGUCUGUUCCUUUAUGGUAACGUCAAGCUGGUCUAUGCCUAUUUAGACAGUAAGAUCACCGGAACAAGCACCCGGCCCUUCCAGCUCACAGUGGACAAGCUAGAGAAGGCCCUACAGGAUGCCCGGUCAGAGGGUGUUGGUGUGAAAGCCUUAAUUCUCCUGAACCCCCAAAAUCCCUUAGGGGACAUCUACUCCCUGUCAGAAUUACGGGACUACCUGGAGUUUGCUAAAAGGCAUGAAUUGCAUGUAAUAGUUGAUGAGAUCUACAUGCUGUCGGUUUUUGACGAAUCAGCUACGUUCCAUAGCGUUCUGGGCAUGGACAGAUUGCCUGAUCCACAGAGGACUCAUGUGAUGUGGGGUAUUAGCAAGGAUUUUGCUGUCUCUGGGAUUCGUUUUGGCACUUUGUAUACUGAGAACCAAGAUGUUGCCAAUGCGGUGGCCUCCUUGUGUUACUUCCAUGGAGUUUGUGGACCUGUCCAACACAAAGUGGCACAGCUGCUCCGAGACAGGGACUGGAUCAAUCAAGUAUACCUGCGGGCCAACCAUGCCCGUCUCAAAGCUGCCCAUACCUAUGUGACAGAUGAGUUGAAGACCCUUGGGGUUCCCUUCCUCAACCGCAAUGCCGGCUUCUUUGUUUGGAUUGAUUUCCGAAAGUACCUUAGGACAGGAACAUUUGAGGAGGAGAUGCUGCUCUGGAGGCGAUUCCUGGAUAACAAGGUUCUGCUGUCCUGUGGCAAAGCCUUUGAGUGCAGUGAGCCGGGGUGGUUCCGUAUCAUCUUUGCCGACAAAACCCACCGACUACAGUUAGGCAUGCAGCGGAUCCGUAGAGUCCUGGAAGAGAGGGAACACGAGAUCCUUUCUGAGGACAAGGACCAGCUAUGCCAGUCAGACCAGGAUGGCAAAGCAGACAGUACAGACGAGGUCAUCUUUGUGUCCCGUCACCAGGAGCCUGGUUCUACUGGGGGCUCCAACCUUGGUGACCUCAUUGGCCUUCUGCAGCAGCAGAUGCGCUCAUCUGACUGGCUGCAAAAGAACACAGCAGAGCAGUUUGCACAGGAGAAGCCAGAAAUCUAUGACGUGUUCAGCAAACUGGUGGGGAAACAAUAGGGACCCCUGUUCCUCCAUGGGCCUUAUCUGAGCAGGGACUGACACCGGAGAACCUAACUGCUUGGUAUUUGACUUCUUGCAAGGAAUAUAUUUUCUGUAUAGCGAGGAAAUCACUUUGUAAAGCUUGCUACCCAGGCCCCUCUUUGGAAUCUCUGCUUUGUAUUGUAUAGCCCAUUUCUCUGUAUUGGGGUAUGGGUGGGGGAUGCAGGGCUCGCUUCUGCCACUGCCCCUUGCCUCAUAUUUUAUAAUUCAUUUCAAAUGAAUGAGCUCUUGACUCUUUUUAUAAGGCACCAUGGUGCCAUCUUUUAUGCUGCUUCUUGUUUCCUCUCACUGUUCCCAGGGAGACAGAAACUUAAGAUAAUUAAGAUGUUUUAUAUUCUUCCCUGAACGAGGUGCAGAGACAACUAAUUCCUUCAGCCCCAGAAGAUGUUUCCUCAUCAAGCCACUGUAAUAUGACAUGUAUUGACUGUUAGAACCAAGCACUUGCCCUGACUCUCAGCUGGGGGUAAAUAAGUGUGUAUUCAUAUACAGACCACUGAGAGAGAGAGACACCUCAACAAAGGGGAUCGAAUGACUUCGGUAACUAGUACUAUGGAGCCUUUCACUUCUGGAUCACUAGUUCCCCUACAGCCUCAGGUCCAUUGUGAUUUUAAAAUAUAUAAUAUAGCGAUCUGGUGCCCUGUGUUAAAUGAGCUUGGCUAUCUCAGUCUAGCUUUUUGUGUUCAUAUAAAAGAUCAUCAUCACAACUGGGUAUGAUAGCUUCUCAGCAGGAACUGCCAACAAAAUGGGCAAAGGUUGCAGAGGGUCAUGGAGAGUAGACAGCUCCAUUAUGCUAGGAGGAUGUUCUGGUUAGAAAUAAGGCACUCUGGCAGGACAGUAUAGAGAGCAUUCACCCUGCUGCUGCCAGGCUCUUCAGAGCCGACAAGCCAGCACCUUCCCCCUCAAUCAAAAAACUUUUAAAAAAUGUAAUCUAGACUGUUACAUCAGACAGCUUCUGAUGGUAACUUUCUGGUUACACAAGAUUCUUUAGUUUUCUUUGAAAGAGCCUGUUUGAGCUGCAUUCUGUGUGAUGGUGGUAAACUGUAACGUAGCUGGUAAACUGAUCUCUCGGUAUAAAGCAUUUUACUUUGCCCUUAGUUUGAUUUCCUCCGAGACAAAGCAAGACUUAUUAUGUUCACAUCCAGGAGUUACAGAAUGUCUACAGUAUAGGUGCUACAGCAGCACAGCUAUGCCUCUGUAGUGCUAUAGUGUAGAUGCUUCCUACAGUGACGGAGGGGUUUUCUCCAGCAAUAUAGGAACACCACCUUCCCGAGUGAUGGAAGCAUUCUUUUGUCAACCUAGCUGCAUCUAUACUGGGUGUUAAAUGGGCAUACCUAUGGUCUUUGGGUGUAGGUUUUUCACACCUGUAAGUGCUGUAGCUAUGUCAACCUAUCUUUUUUAAGUGUAGAUUAGGCCAUCCAUGUUAAUGCAGAGCAAGAGCAAAUUUUGCCCUGCAAAAGAAAUAAAUAAUGAUUGUGAAUAUAACCUAUGAAGGGGAUCUCUACUCCUGUUACGUGCCCAGCUGCACCAUUGGUGGUAACUGAGCUUGUGUUUUAACAUAGCUGAAUUUACUGAAAUCUGAUAACGGUCAUGUCUACCUCUAUGAGGACUAUACCAGCACAGCCACAGCACUGUAGGUGUGCUAGCAAAAUCCUGUAGUAUAGCCUAUGCCGAUAGAAGGGGUUUGUCCAUCAGUAUAGUAAAACUAUCUUCCAAAGCAACAGGAGCUACACUGACAAAAGUAUUCUUCUAUCCAGCCUGGAACUUUCCUCUCAGCAUUGAUAUUGUAUGUGAAGAGCAGGAUUGAGAGUUAACAGAAAGAGGUGGGCUCCCAGAUCUCACAGGCACUCAUACCAGCAAUGAUUGGGGUGUUUCAGGCAAUAAGGGAAAGAGCAUCAAGUACAUGCAACCACUCACCCUACACAAGAAGGUCCUUUCCUGCAGUAUAUCUCUCAAGAAGCCAUUGGCUUCAAAAGAGACACCUUUCCUCUAACUGAAAGACAUCGCUGAUGCGAAUAGCAAUUCCCAGCUCACUCCAUGCAAGUAUGUAGCCUCUCCUUCUCUAUCAAGGAAAAAGGAACAGUUAAUCUGUAUAAAGUGAGGGAUAAGGUAGCAGUGUCUAUCAUUAAAUGGGAUGGGAAGCAGCUUACAUUAUCUAAAAAUUGGGUUUAUAUGAUUUUAGGAGUGAAUUAAUUCUUGCCACAAUCAAUGUGACAAAUGCAAAUCAAAUGUAAAAGGGGGAUAAUGCUUCCCCAGCUUUCAGGCAUGGAGUGAGAAUGUUCAUAAAGUGCUUUUAGGUGCCUAAGUGGAGGAGGUUAGAAAAGGGUAUGGUUCCAAAACAAUGCAAUAGUUAAAAGCUUUCUAUCUGCUUACUAAUUCAUCCUUUUUUCUCAGAUUUUAGUCAUAUUUUUUUAGUAAAUUCUCUGCCUGUGCUGAUUUAAAAUUUAUUUUGCAUUUACGCGAAUUUCUGCUUGUGAAAGGUAAAGCACGAUUUACGUUAUUGAAAUGGUUACAUCUUUGAAGAGGGUGGGAAAAGAAAUGCCAGAAUAGAUAGCCAAAGGAAAGACAAAUUGACUCCCUUCCCCUUUGUGACAUUCCCAAGGACUCGCUGAGCUGCACAAAUUUCAGUCUAGCAGUAGCAAAGUGAAGGAGAAGGCUCUCUGAAAUGAAGAACAUGAAAGGACUCUUCAGGCAGUAAUAAAUCAAAACACUAUUUUAUUUUAUUUCUUUUUUAGAUUCUGUAAUAAACAAAGCAACCCAUUAA